GUUCCUUGUGUAUCAAUAAAGAGUGGAGUGAUGGAGCAAAGAAAGAGUUUAUGUGGUUGUGAUUCAAAGAUAUAGACAUGGACACAUCAAGCUCUAUAUAUAGUACGCAUAAGUGUUCUAAGUGUCCGGGGGACACAGAGUACCAUUGUGUAUCGUGUCCGUGUGAUCUGUGUCCCCAGUGUAAAGAGAACCAUGUAAAAGAUCUCCAAACAAUAGACCAUGAUGUUGUGUCACACCGUGAUAAAAUCAACUACAUCCCAACACAAGAGAUCUGUGUGAGACAUCCUAGCCAUGUUUAUACAAAGUACUGUGAACCUUGUCAAGUUCCUUGCUGUAAUAAUUGCCAACAACAUAGAAAACACAAGAAGAUCGAUGUAAAAACAACCUAUAAAACAAAGCGACAACAACUCAGAGGAACCAUUCACACCAUCAGAAGUGACGCUCUCUUUUACAGACCUGUUCUCCUGCCACGAAUCACAGAUGACAUCAAAACCUGUCACACAGAAUUCUCCCUCUAUCAAUCAGCGAUGUUACCAAAGGCCCAGACACUGAAGCAUCUCAUUAACAAAGUGAGAAAAGAUUUUAAGUACAAUGUGUUUUGUGACUUUGAUUUCAAACACAGAUGUUUAAAACAGAUGAUAGAAAUGAGCAGACAUAUUGUCAGCCUUCAGGAAUAUGAACUCAGAUAUGUACAGCCAGCAUUCACAUUCAGUGCGCUACAAUUCCUCUCCUUCACAAAGACAGCCCUCCCCCAGAUACAUCUUACACUCCACACCAGCCAGCUCUCCAUGACUGAGUCACUCAACAAGGAGGAUGUGAUGGAGUCACUGAGUGCAAUCCAAAUCACAGAGAGAGGAAACCGACGCAUAGGAAACCAGUGUCUGCUGAAACUGACGUCUGGUGCUGAGUUCCAUCAAUCUCUCACAGUGACAGGUGUUGAUUGUUGUCAUCACAUUUCCUGUGUGACAUCAGACCGGGUCUGGGUCAAUGGUGAUAAAAAGAAUCUCAUGUUGACAGACACAACAGGUGUCCCUCUACAUCGUGUGGAGGAUUCAUGUAGUAAUUUAUAUGGAUUACACACAGUGAACAGUGAGAGUGAACUGAUUUAUAGAGAUAGGAAUUAUAACAUCAACAAACUGUCAAAGGAUAUGAAAACAACCACCACAUUUAUAGAGGGAACAGACUCUACAUGGAUACCACGGUGUGUGUACUGGUCCCCAUCCACUGGGGAUCUACUGGUCGGGAUGUAUAACUAUAGGACAGAGACAGGCAAGGUAACCCGGUACAACCAGAGUGGACAACUCACACAAACCAAAAAGAAGAACAACACCACAGGACAGAGACUGUAUAGAUAUCCUAACUAUAUAACAGAGAACAACAAUGGGGAUGUCGUGGUGUCUGACUCUAGUGCUGUAGUGGUGACGGAGUGUGGAGGAAGACAUCGUUUCUCCUACACAGGACAUCCAUCAGGAUCAGGACUACGGCCACGUGGAAUCUGUACUGACCCGCUGUCACACAUCCUGGUGUGUGAUUAUACAACCGAAACAGUACAGAUGAUAGACAGGGACGGUCAGUUCCUGUCACAUCUACUGAUAAGACCAUCAGGGAUAUUCAGACCAUGGGGCCUGAGUUAUGAUGUCAACACUCACCGUCUCUGGGUCGGAUCAGCGUCCAACAACACGGUGGUUAUUUACAGGUAUAUCACCAGACAGGACGCUCUGACAGAUCUGAAUCCAGCCACUGCUGAUGUGAUGGAGUCACUGAGUGAAAUCCCAACCACAUGGACAGAAAAACCACAGCAAGGAAACCAAUGUCUGCUGAAACUGAUGUCUCCCCCCGAGUUACUUCCCUCUCUCACAGUGACUGGUGUUUAUGAGUGUUAUCACAUUUCCUGUGUGACAUCAGACCGGGUCUGGGUCAGUGAUAGAAACAAUCUCAUGUUGACAGACACAACAGGUGUCCCUCUACAUCGUGUGGAGGAUUCAUGUCGUGGUAAUGGAUUACACACAGUGAACUGUGAGAGUGAACUGAUUUAUAUAGAUAGGAAUUAUAACAUCAACAAACUGUCAAAGGAUAUGAAAACAACCACCACAUUUAUAGAGAGAAUAGACUAUACAUGGGAACCAUGGUGUGUGUACUGGUCCCCGUCCACUGGGGAUCUACUGGUCGGGAUGUAUAACGAUGAUACAGAGACAGGCAAGGUAACCCGGUACAACCAGAGUGGACAACUCAAACAAACCAUACAGAACGACACCACAGGACUGGGGCUGUAUAGAAAACCUAACUAUAUAACAGAGAACAACAAUGGGGAUGUCGUGGUGUCUGACUCUAGUGCUGUAGUGGUGACGGAGUGUGGAGGAAGAAAUCGUUUCUCCUACACAGGACAUCCAUCAGGAUCAGGACUACGGCCACGUGGAAUCUGUACUGACCCGCUGUCACACAUCCUGGUGUGUGAUUAUACAACCGAAACAGUACAGAUGAUAGACAGGGACGGUCAGUUCCUGUCACAUCUACUGAUAAGACCAUCAGGGAUAUUCAGACCAUGGAGCCUAAGUUAUGAUGUCAACACUCACCGUCUCUGGGUCGGAUCACGGGACAACAACACGGUGGUUAUAUACAGGUAUAUCACCAGACAGGACGCUCUGACAGAUCUGAAUCCAGCCACUGCUGAUGUGAUGGAGUCACUGAGUGAAAUCCCAACCACAGGGACAGAAAAACCACAGCAAGGAAACCAGUGUCUGCUGAAACUGAUGUCUCCCCCCGAGUUACUUCCCUCUCUCACAGUGACAGGUGUUGAUGGUUGUUGUCACAUUUCCUGUGUGACAUCAGACCGGGUCUGGGUCAGUGAUAGAAACAAUCUCAUGUUGACAGACACAACGGGUGUCCCUCUACAUCGUGUGGAGGAUUCAUGUCGUGGUUAUAAUAGAGGAAUACACACAGUGAACAGUGAGAGUGAACUGAUUUAUAUAGAUAAGAAAUAUAACAUCAACAAACUGUCAAAUCAUAUGAAAACAACCACCACAUUUAUAGAGAGAACAGACUCUACAUGGAGACCAUGGUGUGUGUACUGGUCCCCGUCCACUGGGGAUCUACUGGUCGGGAUGUAUAACUAUGAUACAAAGACAUACAAGGUAACAGGCAAGGUAACCCGCUACAACCAGAGAGGACAACUCACACAAACCAUACAGAACGACAACACAGGACGGGGACUGUAUGGUGUACCUCGCUAUAUAACAGAGAACAACAAUGGGGAUGUCGUGGUGUCUGAUGAUGAGUCUGCUGUAGUGGUGACAGAGCGUGGAGGAAGACAUCGUUUCUCCUACACAGGACAUCCAUCAGGAUCAGGACUAGAGCCACGUGGAAUCUGUACUGACCCGCUGUCACACAUCCUGGUGUGUGAUUAUAUAACCGACACAGUACAGAUGAUAGACAGUGACGGUCAGUUCCUGUCACAUCUACUGAUAAGACCAUCAGGGAUAUUCUAUCCAUGUAGCCUGAGUUAUGAUGUCAACACUCACCGUCUCUGGGUCGGAUCACGGUACAACAACACGGUGGUUAUAUACAGGUAUAUCACCAGACAGGACGCUCUGACAGAUCUGAAUCCAGCCACUGCUGAUGUGAUGGAGUCACUGAGUGAAAUCCCAACCACAGGGACAGAAAAACCACAGCAAGGAAAACAGUGUCUGCUGAAACUGAUGUCUCCCCCCAAGUUACUUCACUCUCUCACAGUGACAGGUGUUGGUCAUUGUGUACACAUUUCCUGUGUGACAUCAGACCGGGUCUGGGUCAGUGAUGAUUGGGGCAAUCUCAUGUUGACAAACACAACAGGUGUCCCUCUACAUCGUGUGGAGGAUUCAUGUCGUGGUUAUGGAUUACACACAGUGAACAGUGAGAGUGAACUGAUUUAUAUAGAUAGGAAUUCUAACAUCAACAAACUGUCAAAGGAUAUGAAGACAACCACCACGUUUAUAGAGAGAACAGACUCUACAUGGAGACCACAGUGUGUGUACUGGUCCCCGUCCACUGGGGAUCUACUGGUCGGGAUGUAUAACGAUGAUACAAAGACAGCCAAGGUAACCCGGUACAACCAGAGUGGACGACUCACACAAACCAUACAGAACGACAACACAGGCCUGGGACUGUAUAGAGAACCUAACUAUAUAACAGAGAACAACAAUGGAGAUGUCGUGGUGUCUGACUGUUUCAGUGCUGUAGUGGUGACAGAGCGUGGAGGAAGACAUCGUUUCUCCUACACAGGACAUCCAUCAGGAUCAGGACUAGAGCCACGUGGAAUCUGUACUGACCCGCUGUCACACAUCCUGGUGUGUGAUGGUACAACCGAAACAGUACAGAUGAUAGACAGGAACGGUCAGUUCCUGUCACAGCUACUGAUAGAACCAUCAGGGAUAUUCUCACCAUGGAGCCUGAGUUAUGAUGUCAACACUCACCGUCUCUGGGUCGGAUCAUAUGACAACAACACGGUGGUUAUAUACAGGUAUAUCACCAGACAGGACGCUCUGACAGAUCUGAAUCCAGCCACUGCUGAUGUGAUGGAGUCACUGAGUGGAAUCCCAACCACAGGGACAGAAAAACCACAGCAAGGAAACCAGUGUCUGCUGAAACUGAUGUCUCCCCCCGAGUUACUUCACUCUCUUAGAGUGACAGGUGUUGAUCGUUGUUAUCACAUUUCCUGUGUGACAUCAGACCGGGUCUGGGUCAGUUAUAUAAACAGAAUCAUCUUGACAGACACAACAGGUGUCCCUCUACAUCGUGUGGAGGAUUCAUGGAGUGGUGAUAGAGGAUCACACACAGUGAAAAGUGAGAAUGAACUGAUUUAUAUAGAUAGGAAUUCUAACAUCAACAAACUGUCAAAGGAUAUGAAAACAACCACCACAUUUAUAGAGAGAACAGACACUACAUGGAGACCAUGGUGUGUGUACUGGUCCCCGUCCACUGGGGAUCUACUGGUCGGGAUGUAUAGAAAGAUUACAGAGUAUUCAGGGACAGGCAAGGUAACCCGGUACAACCAGAGUGGACAACUCACACAAACCAUACAGCAUGACAACACAGGACUGGGACUGUAUAGAGAACCUAACUAUAUAACAGAGAACAACAAUGGAGAUGUCGUGGUGUCUGACUCAUUGAGUGCUGUAGUGGUGACAGAGCGUGGAGUAAGACAUCGUUUCUCCUACACUGGACAUCCAUCAGGAUCAGGACUACAGCCACGUGGAAUCUGUACUGACCCGCUGUCACACAUUCUGGUGUGUGAUGGUAGAACCAAAACAGUACAGAUGUUAGACAGGGACGGUCAGUUCCUGUCACAUCUACUGAUAAGACCAUCAGGGAUAUUAAGACCAUACAGCCUGAGUUAUGAUGUCAACACUCACCGUCUCUGGGUUGGAUCACUGAUCAACAACAAGGUGGUUAUAUACAGGUAUAUCACCAGACAGGACGCUCUGACAGAUCUGAAUCCAGCCACUGCUGAUGUGAUGGAGUCACUGAGUGAAAUCCCAACCACAGGGACAGAAAAACCACAGCAAGGAAACCAGUGUCUGCUGAAACUGAUGUCUCCCCCCGAGUUACUUCACUCUCUCACAGUGACAGGUGUUGAUCGUUGUUUACACUUUUCCUGUGUGACACCAGACCGGUUCUGGGUCAGUGAUGAUAAAAACAAUCUCAUGUUGACAGACACAACAGGUGUCCCUCUACAUCGUGUGGAGGAUUCAUGUAGUGAUUUAUAUGGAUCACACACAGUGAACAGUGAGAGUGAACUGAUUUAUAUAGAUAGGAAAGAUAACAUCAACAAACUGUCAAAGGAUAUGAAAACAACCACCACAUUUAUAGAGAGAACAGACUCUACAUGGGAACCACGGUGUGUGUACUGGUCCCCGUCCACUGGGGAUCUACUGGUCGGGAUGUAUAACAUUGAUACAGAGACAGCCAAGGUAACCCGGUACAACCAGAGUGGACAACUCACACAAACCAUACAGAACGAUAACACAGGGCUGGGGCUGUAUAUUAAACCUCACUAUAUAACAGAGAACAACAAUGGGGAUGUCGUGGUGUCUGACUUUCGCCAUAUGUCUGGUGCUGUAGUGGUGACAGAGCGUGGAGGAAGACAUCGUUUCUCCUACACAGGAGAUCCAUCAGGAUCAAGACUAUCGCCAAGUGGAAUCUGUACUGACGCGCUGUCACACAUCCUGGUGUGUGAUGAUAUAACCCACACAGUACAGAUGAUAGACAGGGACGGUCAGUUCCUGUCACAUCUACUGAUAAGUCCAUCAGGGAUAUUCUCACCACGGAGCCUGAGUUAUGAUGUCAACACUCACCGUCUCUGGGUCGGAUCAUGGUACAACAAGACGGUGGUUAUAUACAGGUAUAUCACCAGACAGGACGCUCUGACAGAUCUGAAUCCAGCCACUGCUGAUGUGAUGGAGUCACUGAGUGAAAUCCCAACCACAGGGACAGAAAAACCACAGCAAGGAAACCAGUGUCUGCUGAAACUGAUGUCUCCCCCCGAGUUACUUCCCUCUCUCACAGUGACAGGUGUUGUUCGUUGUGAUCACAUUUCCUGUGUGACAUCAGACCGGGUCUGGGUCAGUGAUCGAUACAAUCUCAUGUUGACAGACACAACAGGUGUCCCUCUACAUCGUGUGCAGGAUUCAUGUAGUGAUUAUUUCUAUGGAUUACACACAGUGAACAGUGAGAGUGAACUGAUUUAUAUAGAUAGGAAUUAUGACAUCAACAAAAUGUCAAAGGAUAUGAAAACAACCACCACAUUUAUAGAGAGAACAGACUCUACAUGGGAACCACGGUGUGUGUACUGGUCCCCGUCCACUGGGGAUCUACUGGUCGGGAUGUAUAACUAUGAUACAAAGACAGGCAAGGUAACCCGGUACAACCAUAGUGGACAACUCACACAAACCAUACAGUACCACAACACAGGUCUCGGACUGUAUAGUAAACCUAACUAUAUAACAGAGAACAACAAUGGGGAUGUCGUGGUGUCUGACUGGUCUGAUGCUGUAGUGGUGACAGAGCGUGGAGGAAGAUAUCGUUUCUCCUACACAGGACAUCCAUCAGGAUCAGGACUAGUGCCACGUGGAAUCUGUACUGACCCGCUGUCACACAUCCUGGUGUGUGAUGUUACAACCGACACAGUACAGAUGUUAGACAGUGACGGUCAGUUCCUGUCACAUCUACUGAUAAGACCAUCAGGCAUAUUCAGACCACGGAGCCUGAGUUAUGAUGUCAACACUCACCAUCUCUGGGUCGGAUCACGGGACAACAACACGGUGGUUAUAUACAGGUAUAUCACCAGACAGGACGCUCUGACAGAUCUGAAUCCAGCCACUGCUGAUGUGAUGGAGUCACUGAGUGAAAUCCCAACCACAGGGACAGAAAAACCACAGCAAGGAAACCAGUGUCUGCUGAAACUGAUGUCUCCCCCCGAGUUACUUCCCUCUCUCACAGUGACAGGUGUUGUUCGUUGUGAUCACAUUUCCUGUGUGACAUCAGACCGGGUCUGGGUCAGUCAUUGGGACGAUCUCAUGUUGACAGACACAACAGGUGUCCCUCUACAUCGUGUGCAGGAUUCAUGUAGUGAUUAUUUCUAUGGAUUACACACAGUGAACAGUGAGAGUGAACUGAUUUAUAUAGAUAGGAAUUAUAACAUCAACAAACUGUCAAAGGAUAUGAAAACAACCACCUCAUUUAUAGAGAGAACAGACUCUACAUGGGGACCACGGUGUGUGUACUGGUCCCCGUCCACUGGGGAUCUACUGGUCGGGAUGUAUAUCUAUAGGACAAAGACAGGCAAGGUAACCCGGUACAACCAGAGUGGACAACUCACACAAACCAUACAGUACCACAACACAGGUCUCGGACUGUAUAGUAAACCUAACUAUAUAACAGAGAACAACAAUGGGGAUGUCGUGGUGUCUGACUGGUCUGAUGCUGUAGUGGUGACAGAGCGUGGAGGAAGAUAUCGUUUCUCCUACACAGGACAUCCAUCAGGAUCAGGACUAGUGCCACAUGGAAUCUGUACUGACGCGCUGUCACACAUCCUGGUGUGUGAUGAUAGAACCGAAACAGUACAGAUGAUAGACAGGGACGGUCAGUUCCUGUCACAUCUACUGAUAAGACCAUCAGGGAUAUUCAGACCACGGAGCCUGAGUUAUGAUGUCAACACUCACCAUCUCUGGGUCGGAUCACGGGACAACAACACGGUGGUUAUAUACAGGUAUAUCACCAGACAGGACGCUCUGACAGAUGAACACACACCCCGUCCUGAUGAGGACAUCAUGUCCAGCUCAACACCAGCCGUAUAAUGGAGAUAACUUGGAUAUUGACAGAUGGGCCAAUUUUACCUGACCUUGAGGGAAGAAAAUAGAUCACCUUCCUUGAAAGCCUUACAGAGGAAGACAGAAAACAGACAUUGGCUACGUAGACCACUUACUGCAAUAUGACGUCAUUAUCUUCAAGUACGCACUGACCCGAGUCACUCAUGUCACCUAUUACAAUUGGUCUUUAUCUGUCAUCGUGUGGUGUGUGUCGUGCGUCUUUCCUUUACAAUUUUACAUUGUGAACUUCUUCUUGAAAACUACACGGCCAAUUGUUACCAUAUUUGAUGUGAAACAUUGCUACAAUAAGAAGAAUUUAGAUUGAAUAUAACUGGAUUAUCCGCUGAGUGACCGAUAUCUGGACUUAUUUUAAAUAACGCGCCAUUAUUUGAACCUGUGUUCUGUGUACAUGAACUAUACAGUAUUUACUUAUUAUUCUGUCUUAUCAUUUUUAUUUCACAGUAUGUUAUGUGUUUAAAAUAGUAAUUUGUCAUUUUACAUUGAUAUCAAUUGUUAGAACCGAGUUUUCCAAAGGAGAAAUCCAGUUAUUGAAAUGGUGAAAGGGGCACGCCGGCGGGCAGCUGCGAGAAGGGUACCCCUAUUGUACUGCAAAUCAAUUGUACAUAUAUAAGAGAUUUGCAUAAAUCUUGGAUCUUUUGUUGUUGUAAAUUUAUAUAAAAAAAUACCAGCUGUUGAACUUGGUCAAUUUUACGCAGAAUAUUGCAUAUAGGGUACCCCCAUUGUACGGAUAACUCUUCAUAACUCUUCAUACAGUUUUUAAGAUAGGUAGUUGUUGUCUUGUAGAUUAAUUGUACAUAUAUCAGAGAUGUGCAUAUAACUUGGAUUUAUAUUUUGAUUAUUUAUGUGUACAUAAACUCUACAGUAAUUAGUUUUUAUACUCCCUUACAUGGCUUAUCAAUUAUAUCUUAGUAUGAGUGUAGUAAAUUCUCAUCUGACAGUAUGUA